CUGACGACCGCUCCAGCGUGCACCGCGAGGAUCCGGGGGCCAGCGAGCACGAGUACGGCACCAGCAAUGAUGACAAUCAUGAGGAACCGCCGGCCAAGACGCGAAAGUCGCCUCAUGUGAGGAGCCGGGCCAGCAGGGCCUGUGAUCGCUGCAAGGCUCGCAAGACGCGCUGCUCUGGAAAGUACCCCUGUGCUGUUUGCUCCCGUCUUCGACUUCAAUGCAAGUAUACAGCGUCAUAUCGCCGGGGACGCCUCCCGUCCAUUGAGAUGGACACCGAGGAGACAGCCAACGCGCCGCGCGCCACAGAACAGCAGCUCAGUGGCGCGGCCAUCAGAGACCAGACGCAUGUACACCAGCCGGAUGAGCACAUUCCUAGCCCCGUCUCCAUUGAGCACCAGGCCCUCGAGCCUCCCAAAGGCCCCCGUGGCAUCUCAACGACGCUGUCCUCUCGUAACUCUCCAGAGCCGGCACAGGUUGAUCUGCAAGGCCACUAUGUCGGCCCUGCCUCUGGAGCUUCAUUUCUGCUGCGGAUUCAGAGGAAGCUGAAGCAGCAGGGGCCUACAACACCGUCAGACUCAUCCAUCUUUACCUUUGGUGACUUGCCGCUUCCCCAGUUUGACCCUCGGUUCCUGAUACUCCCGCCGCGGUCUGAGGCCGAUUCAUUGGUCUGUAGGUACUUCGAGUUCGCAUCAGCGACUCACAGAUUCCUGCAUCGUCCAACCGUGGAAACAUGGCUCCAGGAGCUCUACGACACUCACGGCACCAUGCAAGAGCAGUCUGCGGCGCGAAGCAGGACCGCCGUACUGUUCAUGGUGUUUGCCCAUGCCGAGAACUUCCCCAAGUCAAAGGCAGGCACCGUCCUACCAACUACAAGUGCACGCUUCUUUUCCGCCGCUGAAGAUCAGUUGUCUGCUGAAAAAGGCGCCAUCCGUCUCACUAGUGUCCAGGCGAGACUGGCACAGUGCAUCUAUCUCUUAUCUCAUUCACGACUCAACCACUGCUGGAGUCUGUUUGGGACUACCGCUCAUCUGAUGCUCGCACUGGGGAUUCAUCGCAAGUCUCGAGUUGACGUGAAUAGUGUUGUCGAUCACGUUGACUUGGAGUGCCGCAAACGGACUUUCUGGUGUGCUUACAAUCUCGACACCUAUCUCAGUUCUGCCCUUGGAAGGCCGCGGACAUUUCACGAUGAUGACAUCGACCAAGAAUUACCUCUUUGCGUCGAUGAUUAUCGACUGGCUCGUGGUCAAUUGUCAUCGCUGUCAACCUCCAGUCUCCAGUCUGUCAUGUCUGGGUCUAUAGCCCACAUAAAGCUCUCGAGCAUCGUGGCCAAUAUUCUCCGCGAUUUCUACGGCAUCCGCCCACCAUCCACCGAGAGCCAGUACAAACUUGCUGCCAAGUAUUCAAAGGAGAUCGACGAAUGGCGCAGCAACCUCGCCUAUCUCGUCGACACGACUGGGAUCGACCCGUCUCUCCUUCAGCCAAUAUUCCUUCGCCAGAGAAACGUCCUCAACCUCGCAUGUUGGCACGCGCGGAUCUUGAUUCACCGACCUUUUCUCCUCCGAAACUUUGCCAGCCUGGCAAACCUGGGAGCGCCUAGGCGUGGUACCGCUAACCACAAUCAACGCUUGACGAACGAGCAUGCUCAGGCCUGUCUCGUCGCCGCAAUGAACAUUGUGGGCAAAAUCGAUGAGCUGAGCGCAGGCGGACAGCUGUAUAAUACUUUUUGGUUCUCGCAUUACUUUGCAUUCUGUGCCGUCGUGAUACUCUAUGUCUUCGCCAUCCAACAACGGAAUGCACCGCCAGAGACUUACCUCCCUGCAUUUCACGCCGCAACCAAAUGCCAACUCCAGAUUACGUCAAUUGCUAUUAGCGGGUCGCUCGCCCAUCGCUACGGCGUUGUUCUCCAGGAGCUGCGGGCAGAGCUUCUGCGUCAUAAUGCUCAUCUCUUUGCAUUGACUGCUGAACAAGAUGACGGCACCGGGCUGGACAUGCAGGGCGGACAUUUGAACCUGGAGCGCUUCGGAAACGCAGGCCUCGUCGAUUUGCAAGCAGGGCACAUGGGCCUUGAUUCCGGUUCCGGGAACGUCGGCGGCCAGUUGUCAAUUGGCCAGGAUGAUGGGUUGGGAUUUGCGGAUGGCAGCCCAGGAAGUUCAAUCAUUCAGAUGACUGGCUGGGGACAAUUUGAUUCUUUGGUUACCGGAGGUAUGGGUGAUCUACAGUCAAUUCUUGGUGUUGGAGAGUUGGAAGGCUGGAAUAUUGGUCUCGGCGAGGAAAUACACAACGCUCUUUAGCUUGCUAUCAGUGAGCGUACGUAGGGUAGUAAAUUGAGCAAAAUACUUGGUCUCGUAUUACUUAAACUCAAAGGUUUC